AUGUCGCUUACUUUCCUGGAAGUGUCGAGACAAGGGACGACAUAUGGCGCGACAUUGCGUCUAAACGUGCGACUGUCCAUCAACGGCACGGCGGCUAGUGUGUUGGAGAUCCCAUGUGGUGAGGUGCCCAUAAUGGUGCUCUCACGCGCUUGUAAUUUAUCUAAGCUCAACCGUGCUGAAUUUCCUAAACACUUGGAGGAGGAACGUGAGAUUGGUGGUUACUUCAUUGUGAACGGGAAGGAACGAGUAUUACGACUACUAAUCAUGACAAGACGGAACUUUCCGCUUGCCAUUGCCCGUCCAUCCUUCAAACGCCGUGGAGCUGGAUACUCAGAAUUCGCUAUCAUUAUGCGAUGCGUGCGCGAAGAUGAAGCCGUUUCUGCUAUGGUGAACAAAACAGAGUUCGAGAUGUUUGACGAUAUCCGCCGAGGAAGUGGCGAAUCACUUUCAUUGGAAGAAACGGCUAUGCGUAUAUUGGUUCACCUGAAGGACGAGGAUUACAGCUCUCAGACACGAGCGUUGAGCUACUUGGGUCGGUUGUUUCGUGGCCGAAUGCGUCUCCCGACCAACGCGACAGAUGAAGAUGCUGGCAUUUCCCUUAUCCGCCUGCCUUUGCUCCUUAUCUCCUCGUUUACCUACCCAGCUCUCUUACAACAGUCGCUGCUAUCCCGAGCCCCGGAAAUCGGCAGUGCUAUGACCUAUUUGCUUUGCACUGGGAAUCUCCCACCAACUCUCCGUUCCGACUUGGCCGCACAGUUUGGUGGCCAAGCCUCAGGUCUCAGUGUACCGGCCGACAAUGUGAAUUUUCUUCGCCUUGCCGCCCAGUUCAGGGCAGUGCAUCGUGGUGCAAUGUUUACUGAUAUUCGGACUACUAGUGUUCGCCGCCUGCUGCCUGAAGCUUGGGGAUUCAUCUGCCCCGUACACACGCCAGAUGGGGCACCUUGUGGGCUGUUAAAUCACCUAGCGGAACCCGUAGAAGCCGUAUGUGAAACACCGAAACACUCGACCAAUGACGCGCUGGCUGCAUGGCUGACAUCGAACAAACUUCGUUCUGUUGAGUUAUCUCGACAGCUUUCCGGAGUUACGGAAGCCCAGAACGCCCUACCUGUUCUUUUGGACGGUCGUCUCGUUGGUUGGUUGUCAUCACUGAUAGAGGCUGAACAGUUAGCAGAUGAGCUUCGUGAUCUCAAACUUGAUACUCAAUCAAAACAUGUUCCAUAUUCUCUGGAAAUCGCACUAGUGCCUCCCACAGAUGUUGGGUCCCAGUACCCUGGGCUAUUUCUAUUUACGGGUGGUUCCCGUCUGCUGAGACCGGUAAAAAAUGUUCGCCAUGGAAACCAGCCUGAAGGGGGUGGCCUUGUUGAGUGGAUCGGUACCUUCGAACAGCCCUAUCUAGAUAUUGCUGUCACUGAAGAAGAAUUGCAGGAGCGAUCUGAGACUGUCCGGUCACAUAUGGAACUCACACCGGAUGGGAUAUUCAGCUUUGUUGCAGGCUUGACACCUUAUCAGGAUUUCAACCAAUCACCCCGAAAUAUGUACCAAUGCCAAAUGGCUAAACAAACAAUGGGACACUCGUGUUACACGUGGCGCCAUCGAUCGGAUGUGAAAGCCUACCGCCUCCUAACUCCUCAGAGCCCCUUAGUGCGGACGAAGACUUACGUGAAAUACGAUAUCGAUCAUUAUCCUCUGGGCUUCAACGCCAUUGUAGCUGUGAUGUCCUACACGGGUUAUGACAUGGAAGAUGCCAUGGUGAUUAACAAAGGUUCCUACGAAAGAGGUUUGGCUGGUGCAUGUAUUUACAAAUCGGAAGUACUGGAUUUGUCUGUACUAAACAAACAAGCUGUCACCAAAUCACAAGGCUUUGCGCGACGCAAAACGGUUGCUGCAGAACAUUAUUUCGGAACUAUUAAUCAACCCCCACCUGGUCUGGAUUGGGAUGGAUUCCCGCCGGUCGGAACACGCCUUGAACCUGGUGUUAGUGCGCUCUAUUGUUACACUCACAUGGAAACACAACACACGACUGUCGUGAAGUACGAGGGAGGGGAACAAAUUGCUUAUGUGGAUGCUAUUUCACUCAAUGGGUCUUGGAGUCAUGCCACAAUAACCCUGAGGCUUCCGCGGCCACCGGACAUCGGCGACAAAUACAGCAGCCGGCAUGGUCAAAAGGGAAUCAAUAGUCUGCUUGUGCCAAGUGAUGAGAUGCCUUGGUCAGUAACUAGCGGCGUUGUUCCCGAUCUAAUAUUCAAUCCCCACGGAUUCCCUACUCGUAUGACUAUGGGUAUGAUGGUGGAGUUUCUAGCAGGGAAAUCUGCCGCCCUCACUGGUAAACGGGUAGACGCAACACCAUUUCAGUGGACGGAAGAUAACCCACCCUUCACAGACUACUGUCGUCAGUUGGCAGACUGUGGUUUCAACUACUGGGGAACGGAGAUGAUGAUGUCUGGAUGCAACGGUCGCCAGCUGGAAGCACACAUUUAUAUUGGAGUUGUCUAUUAUCAAAGACUCAGGCAUAUGGUGGCCGACAAGUAUCAAGUCCGAUCACAAGGUCGGUUUGACCCUAUUUUACGCCAGCCCAUCAAAGGUCGAAAAGUGGGCGGAGGAAUCCGUCUCGGUGAAAUGGAGCGAGACUGUCUCCUAUCUCAAGGGCUUUCAUUUACUUUGCAAGAUCGAAUGGUGGACUCCAACUGCGAUACUGUUACGAUGUUAGCCUGCAAAAAAUGUGGCAGCCUUGUCCACACUGACCUCGCACGAAAUGUUUCGUCCAAUGAGGAUUUUUCCACAAGCUUUCUCGGUGUUUCCUCAGUAGGUAGUGCCGAAUCAUCCGGGCCGUUUAAUCGACAUUUGUGGAGUUGCCGACUGUGUGACAGGACAGAAGUUGAUUCAUCUUUUAUCGGGAAUACAAAGGGACAUUUGAAACGAGUUCGGGUUUCCGCUGCCUUUCGAUACCUCGUCUACGAAUUGUCUUGUAUGAAUAUACAAACUCACUUAACUUUACGUGACUUGGUAUGACCCUUGUCAAAGUCGUUCCGCA